AUGCAAGGCAAGGUUAGGGAUCUGGCCCUUCUUCUCCCAGGUAGAACAGGCUGACAAGUACACGAACCCAGGGACACCGGGUGCAAAAUCAUCUACAAAGACUUUUCUUCGUCAUCGCAUCUGAACCGGAUGGCGGUCGAAGUAAGAUGGUCGAAACCGCAGGAUCUACCUUUCCCCUUCGUCUGGGACACGACAACAGUCAACUCGAACUCAUACGCCACCUUUGUCUCCAUGGAUUCUAUUGCAACACCGACUUCCCAGCAAGCAGAGUCGUUCGUCUCGACGCUUGCUUUGUUCGUCCUGUUUCCCCAAAGCUCCAAAGAAGGCAAGGCAUACCUGCGCAUUCCGGCGGUAUGGCGGGAUCUCUGGUCCGAGUUCUCCACCGCGAAGAAGACACAGGAGGACGAGGCGGACAAGACCACGAUUCGAACGUUGAAAGGGCUUGUACAGGAGAACCAUGGGGCAUUCGAAGACGAUGUCGUGCUGGCGGCUAACUUCCGAAAGAGGAAUGGAACCCCUAGAAAGGGCCAGUCCCCAGUAAGAGCGACCAGCAAAGAAAACGCUGGUUUCGAUCCGCUGUUGAAGAAGAUCUGGGAUGAUAAAGCAUCGACUCAUUCGUUCCAGCUCAUGAUUCAGGGCAGAAUGAAUCUUCCGAUCUGGAGCUUCAAGGACGAGAUUGUGCAUAUGCUAGACACCCACCACGCGCUGAUCAUUUGCAGUGAGACGGGAAGCGGAAAGAGUACGCAGAUUCCGUCUUUCAUCCUCGAGCACGAGAUGCAACAGGGUCGUCCGUGCAAGAUCUAUGUUACCGAGCCACGGAGGAUCUCGGCCAUUUCGUUGGCUCGCCGAGUCAGUGAGGAGUUGGGGGAGAGCAAGAAUGACGUGGGGACGGUCCGGUCUUUCAUUGGAUUUGCGGUCCGGCUGGAGAGCAAGGUCAGCCAAUCCACACGGCUGGUAUAUGCAACGACCGGAGUGGUAGUGAGAAUGUUAGAGCGGCCUGAUGAUUUCCUAGACAUUACCCAUGUGGUUCUCGAUGAGGUACACGAGCGGACCAUCGACAGCGAUUUCUUGCUCGUUGUCCUCCGGCGGUUGAUGCAGAAGAGGCCUGAUUUGAAGUUGAUUCUCAUGUCCGCCACUCUCGACGCCCAGCGCUUCUCGACUUACCUUGGCGGUGUUCCUGUGCUGAACAUCCCGGGACGGACAUUCCCGGUCGAGAUGAAAUACUUGGAGGAUGCCAUCGAAAUGACCAACUAUCGUUUGUCGGAAGAGGAAGCCAACACCACUUUCGAUGACGAGGUUGACGAGAUGACGCCGGAAAACGUCCAGGGAGACCAGACGGGUGGCGCACUGGCAACGCUCGAAGGAUAUUCCAAGCAGACCCGGGAGACGGUCUUGAAUUUCGACGAGUACCGCAUGGACUACCAAUUGAUCAAGCGACUGUUGAUCAAGAUCGCUACUGCGCCUGAAAUGACUCAUUACAGCAAAGCCAUCCUGGUGUUCAUGCCCGGCAUGGCGGAAAUUCGCCGGCUCAACGACGAUUUGCUUGGGGAGCCAACCUUCCAAAAAAACUGGAUCAUACAUGCUUUGCAUUCCUCAAUUGCUAGCGAGGACCAGGAGAAGGCCUUUAAUGUGCCGCCUGAAGGCACUCGGAAGAUUGUGAUUGCCACGAACAUCGCCGAAACUGGUAUUACCAUUCCCGACAUCACUGCCGUUAUCGAUACCGGCAAAGAGAAGACUAUGCGAGGCGGCAGUUGUCACGGUUGGUUGAGGCGUUCAUCUCGCGGGCCAACGCGAAGCAACGGCGUGGACGAGCCGGGCGUGUUCAGAACGGAAUCUGCUUCCACCUGUUUACUCGUCACAGGCAUGACAGGGUGCUUCCUGAACAACAAACUCCCGAAAUGCUCCGGCUGUCUCUCCAGGAUCUGGUCCUCCGCGUCAAGAUCUGCAAACUCGGAGACGUUGAACAGACGCUUCUUGAAGCUCUGGACCCACCGUCGUCGAAGAACAUCCGCCGGGCGAUUGAUGCGUUGAAGGAAGUGAAAGCGUUGACCAAUGGGGAGAACCUGACCCCAUUGGGAUCGCAGCUUGCUAAAUUGCCCCUGGACGUCUUCCUCGGGAAGUUGAUCGUGCACGGGGCGUUUUUCAAGUGCCUGGACGCAUCGCUGAGCAUUGCCGCCAUCCUCUCUUCCAAGUCCCCGUUCGUCAACACCAUGGGCUCCAACUCGCAGAAGGACCUUGCACGGCUUUCCUUCCGCCGGGGCGACUCCGACCUGCUCACGGUGUACAACGCAUACUGCGUGUGGAAACGCAUCCGGAGCAUGGCCGGAGGGAACGAGUACUCCUUCUGCCGCAAGAGCUUCCUCAACUCGCAGACGCUGUUG